AUGACGGAUCUCCUGCGGGUCUUGCCGCACUUUCCUGUCGGCCAGUAUGCUGCACUGAUCCCGGCCCUCGAGAAGCACGAAGUCACCACCACCGAGCUUCUGACCCUUGACGCCACAGAGAUCGGCAAACGCACUCAGUUGCCCCUCUUGGACGUCAAGCGACUCUGUGCUGCCGUCCUGCGAGCCCUGCACUCCGACCUCGGCGUUGCCCUUCCAGUGUCCACGACCGCGACUGCAGCAGCUGCUGCUGCUGCCGGAGACGGUGGCGGCGGUAAAGAAGGCUCAACUGUCGGAAACGCUGCCCAUGUAGAGUCGCAGCAAAAGCCACAGCUCACCGGGGCGGUGACUUCAACCACCAUCAAUCACCUGGGCAGCCAGCUCCGCCACAACCACGCCCAGCUUGCCGCCAGAUGGUCCACCAUCAGCACCUUGGACCCGGAGCUCGAUGCCGCGCUCGGCGGCGGCAUCCCCACGGGUCACGUCACCGAGAUCACGGGUGAGUCGGGAGCCGGCAAGACCCAGUUCCUCCUCUCGCUACUCCUGGCCGUCCAGCUGCCCCCGCCCCACGGCCUCGGCCGCAAGGCCAUGUACAUCCCCACCGAGGCCGCCCUCUCCACCAGGCGCGUGGCGCAGAUGCUGGCCGCAAACCCGCUCCUCCUGUCGGCUAGCCCCAGGCCGUCUCUAGAUUCCAUCCUCAGCCUCCAGCCGCUCGGCGACAUCGAGGCCCAGGAUCACAUUUUGUCCUUCCAGGUGCCCCUCGAGGCCGCUCGCCGCAACGUGGGCCUCAUCAUCCUCGACUCGGUCGCCGCCAACUUCCGCGCCGAGUACGACGCCGCCGGCAGUAGGAGCACCGGUCUGGCCGCCCGCAGCGCCGAGCUCGUCCGCCUCGGCAUGCAGCUGCGCAACCUCGCGAGGUCCCUCAACCUUGCCGUCGUCGUCGCAAACCAAGUCUCGGACCGCUUCGAGUCUAAAAUGCCCGCGCGCCCGCAUUUGCCCUUGAUUGCCACCGCCGCUCCUACUUCGAGCGAGCAACAUGCCGAAACACGGCUCGAUGCAUCAUCCCAGACCAGAGCCGGAGGUGGGGUAGGAACAACGACCACCACCGUCACAGGACCCAUCCGCCUGACCCAGGAAAGCCCACUGGCGUCGCGCAGCCGACCCCUGCCAACGGCCAACGACCCGCCAUCGUCGUCGCUCGGCCUCUCCGACGUGUCGUGGCCGCGGCCCGUGGACCCGUCCCAACCAUCAGGGCUCGACAUCCCCGCGCUUCUGCUCGACCACCAGCAACGCUGGUUCACGGGCUGGGGCGACGAGGAGGACGAUUCCAUGAGCGCCGGCAAUUACAAGACGCCGAGCCUGGGCCUGGUCUGGUCGACCCAGAUCUCGGCGCGCAUCGCCCUGCUCAAGAAGCCCGUCUACGGCCGCUCGAGGUACCAUGGCGACGACGAAGAUGGCGACGGCAUGAAUCCGACCAUGCACUCGUGGAGAAGGUGGAUGAAAGUCGUCUUUGCACCACACGUGGCGCCCUCGGGACCUGGACUAGACGGUGCUGUCGAGUACGAGAUCUACAGUGGUGGGCUCAAGGGAAUAGCAGCCAAGGGUUCGUCGGGUAAGGGGACUAUCAAGAGGAAACGGAGCGACUCGAAUAAUUGA